AUGUAAAAAUAGAGAUUUCCUGCUCUUGGUGACUGGACUGAAAAAAAAACAAAUUCAUUUGUAGAAGAAAAGCUGGUUAUUCGAAAUCCAGAAGAAUUAAAAUCUAAAAUUGGAAAGAUGAUAUCUGAAGGUGCUCAGUAGAUUCAAAUAGUGACUGAUUUCGACUAAACGAUAUCUUCUUUCCUCAGCCCGGCUACUUUUAGCUUGUUUAGAAUGUCAGAAUUAUCUCCUUAGGAUUUCAAAAAUAAGAUGCAAUCUUAUUAUGAUUACUAUGUGCCUAUCGAAAAGGAUUAGAGCAUAAAAAUUGAGGAAAAGAAUAAGCAUAUGCACGAAUGGUAUUAGAAAGUAUCAGAAGCCUUUCAUGAAGCUAAAUUCACAAAGUCUUUAUCGUGUUAGAUAUUAAAUACUUCACACAUUUAUUUGAGAUAUCUUUUCGAACCAUUCUUUAAUAAAUGUGUAGAAGAACAUGUUCCAUUUCACAUCGUGAGUGGUGGACUAGAUAGAGUGAUAAACACAAUUUUGGCAUCUAUUCAUGAGAUUGACACUUAUGAGGAAAUGACAUUGCAUACUAAUGAAAUGAUUUUUUAAGAUGAUACUCUAGAAAAGAUGGAGAUGUUGGUAACAGCUACAACUAAAGCCAAAAUAUUAGAAACUUCAGGAAUUAAAUUCAGAAACAAUACAAUUUUAUUAGGAGAUUUGCCAAGUGAUUUUUAUAUGACUAAAUUCCUUAAUAUUCCAAAUUAGGUGAGUAUAGGAUUUUUAGCAUAGGAUCAUUUUAAUUAAUUGGAAGAAUAUAAGAAAUUAUAUGAUAUCACCAUCAUCGGUGAUCCUAGUUUCUUAGUUCCAUUGAUUUUGUUAUCCAAAGUAAUGGGAUGUCAAUUAACAGAAGAAUACACUUAGCUUUUCAAUUCACAAAAUUAUGAUGAGCUUCGUGAACUCUUGUGA